AUGGACGACCUGUUCAGUCCGAGAAGGAGCCUGAACAGCACGCAGGGGGAGAUCAGAGUGGGAUCAAGUCAUCAGGCUAAGCUCCCUGAGCUGCAACCACGCCCUGUGUUUGGUGUUCAGACUCAGACAGAGAAUGAAGAGCUGGUGUGGAUGCCAGGGGUCAAUGAUUGUGACCUCCUCAUGUACCUCAGAGCUGCCAGGAGCAUGGCAGCGUUUGCAGGGAUGUGUGACGGAGGAUCCACAGAGGACGGGUGUUUGGCGGCCUCUCGUGACGACACCACACUCAACGCUUUAAACAUGUUACACGCCAGCCGUUACGACGCAGCUAAAGCUCUCCAGCGCCUAGUGAAGAAACCUGUGCCCAAACUCAUUGAGAAAUGUUGGUCAGAAGAUGAUGUGAAGCGGUUCAUCAAAGGUUUGAGACAGUACGGCAAGAAUUUCUUUAGGAUUCGCAAAGAGCUGCUGCCCAACAAGAAAACGUUGACAAGCAACAACAACUGGAACCUAAAAGCCACCCACCACGAGUGUCCACAAAAUUUUGCCCAAGAAGAGACAAAGAACCUGUCACACGAUGAUCCUGAAGACUCCACAAAGGACGAGGGCGACAUCGACUGGGGGGAGUUAAUCACAUUCUACUAUCACUGGAAGAAGACACCUGAGGCUACAGGCACACGGCCGUACCGUCAGCACCGUAGACAGCCGUCCUCACGCAAGGCCAAGACUCGCGCCACCGCUGCCACUGUGAACACCCCUUCCCAGUCCCAAUCCAUGGACAUAAGUUCAGCCAGUGAGGAUGACCUGGACAGUGAAGACAGCGAGCAAGGCACCUGUGGACACUGUGCCACAACCACCUCUAAGGACUGGCAGCACGGAGGCCGGGAUAACAUCCUCCUGUGUACCACCUGUCGUACCUACUACAACAAACAUGGCCGCCUGCCGCCCGGCCCUAAGCCUGCUGACCCUCCCUUCAUGUUCAAACCUGUCAAAGAGGAAGAGGAGGGCAACGGGAAGCACGGCAUGAGGACGCGACGCAGCAGAACACCGUUGUCUUCAUUAAGAAGUGGCCACAAGAGGCUGACCGGCUCUCCUACCAGUGAAGACCAGCAGUCCAGUAGCCAUCCCUCUCCCGCCCCCAGUGGAGCUAGCUCCACCUCCAACGCAUCCAGAACCUCUUGUUUAGAGAAGACUGAUAACACAAAGAAGCCUGGCAAGAAGAUAAAGGAAGAGGCGCCCCUACCAAAGAGUACUAAACGUUCCAGGGAGAGUGCAGCCCAGGACCCAGAGGAGCCUGAGAGAACAGCAACUAAAAGGACGAAGACACUGCAGGGUGAACAGACAGAGUGCCGGUCGGAGGGCGAUGGAGAGGCUGAGGCAGAGAGGGGUGAGGUGGAGGAGGAGAGCUGCUCAGACAGCCGCAGUGCCCAGGACGACGGCAGCAGCGACACCAAAGACAUCGACCAGGACAACCGCUCCUCCUCCCCCAGCAUCCCCAGCCCUCGCCAGGGCAACGAGAGUGACUCCGACUCCUCUGCCCAGCAGCUCCAGGGUGCCCACCAGGCAGCAGCAGAGACCGUCAGCGCCCCUGCUGCUGCCCUUGCUGAAACACAGACCCCACAGAUUGUUCCUCCACCACGGGUUGCAGGCUCAAACACAUCCCUGCCUCCCCAGGGUUCCUCUCCCUCUGCAGAGCCUGGCCAGGUACAGGCCCAGGCAACCCCCUCCCCAGAGCCUCCCCAGCCUUCAGCCACCUCUGCUCAGGCUGGUCAGUCAGUUAGCUACCAGACAAGUCCCCCACACAACCGAGGCCUACCCCCCCCUCACCCUCUCGCUGGCCCCUCACCUGUCCCUCCUCCGCUGGGACAGGCCUUCCAUCCUCCAACUCCUGUAUUCCAGGGUCCUCUUCCUUCUCCUGGCUCUCUGCCUCCCACCCAGCCCCUGUCCCUCCAUGGUGCUCCGACCCAGUGCCCCCACCCCCAGCGACCCCCUCCUCACUUUCCCAGGGAACCCUCCUUCCCCCAAGCCCUCCCCCUCACCUCCGGGCCCCAAAUCAAACCACCCCCAACCACACCCAUCCCUCCAUCUCACAAGCAGCCACCACACCUCUCUUCUUCCCUUGCUCCCCCUUUCCCGCAGAUGCCGUCCAACCUGCCCCCUCCUCCGGCACUGAAGCCCCUCAACUCCCUGCCCAACCAGCACCCUCCCGGUGCCCCUCCACCCCCCCUCCAGCUCAUGCCCCAAUCCCUGCCCAUGCAGCAGGGAGUCCCACCCCAGCCUCCCGUGCUCACGCAGCUGCAGAACCUCCCUGGCAGAGGCAGCCACUCCCACCCCCACUCCUCCCUGUCCUCCUGCUCUGCCCCCUCAGCCUUGCACCCUGUCCUCUCUGCCUCUUCUCCCUCUUCCAUGGGUCCAGUCCCUAGUCUCCAGCCCUCCUUCCCCUCCCUACGCCCCUCGCCCGAAAACCCCAUUGGCAUUGGAGGGUCACAUGUCCAGAUUAAAGAGGAGCCAUUGGAUGAAUGUGAGGAGCUUGAGAGUCCGCCCCCUCCACCCAGAAGUCCCUCACCGGAACCUUUGGUUGUCAACAUCGCCAGUCAUGCCAGCCAAUCAGCACGAUUUUUCAAACACCUGGACCGUGGCUACAACUCGUGCUCCAGAACAGACCUGUUCUUCACUCCCCUGGCCUCAUCCAAGCUGGCCAAGAAGAGAGAGGAGGCUGUGGAGAGAUCCAAGAGAGAGGCGGAGCACAAUGCCCGAGAAAGGGAGAAGGACAGAGAGAGGGAGAGGGAACGAGAGAGGCAGGAAGACAAAAAUGCUGUGAAGAGCGUCCAGCUCGUCCCACGACAGCCGUAUGAGUGAUGUCCAAAUGUCCGGCCAGGUCCAUAUCGCUCCUCCUUCGAGCAGCCCCCCACCAGUGUGGCCGCUGUGCCCCCUUACAUCGGCCCCGACACCCCUGCCCUGCGCACCCUCAGUGAGUACGCCCGACCCCACGUUAUGUCCCCCAACAAUCGCAACCACCCCUUCUUCGUGUCCCUGUCCCCCGGGGACCCUCUGCUGGCAUACCACAUGCCCGGCCUGUACGCCGCUGAGCCCAGCCUGAGAGAGAGGGAGCUCCGUAACCUCCGGGAGAGGGAGCUCCGCGAGAGGAUGAAGCCUGGCUUCGAGGUCAAGCCCCCAGAGAUGGAGACCAUGCAUCCAUCAGCCAACCCCAUGGAGCACUUUGCCAGACAUGGAGCCCUGGCCCUGCCGCAUAUCGCUGGGCCGCCCCACCACCCCUUUGGCCACUUCCACCCGGUCAUGCAGAACCACCUGGAGAGGGAGAGGCAGGCACUGGCCCUGGCCGGGCCCCAAAUGCGUCCAGAGCUAAGCUACGCUGAGCGACUGACUGCUGAGAGGCUCCAUGCUGAGAGGAUGGCAUCUGUGGCUAACGACCCGGCCGCCAGGCUGCAGAUGCUCAACGUCACACCGCAUCACCACCAGCACUCCCACAUCCACUCACACCUGCACCUACAUCAGCAGGACCCACUCAACCAAGGUAAUGGGCCCCACCCUCUGGAUCCCCUGGCUCCUGGGCCCCGUCUGGCCCGCUUCCCCUUCCCUGGAGGCCCCAUCCCCAACCCUCUGCUCAACGACCUGCCACACGACCAUGACAUGUUGCGACACCCACUGUUUGCCUAUGCCGCUGUUGCAGGAGCAGGGUACCCCCGUGAGCUCCAGGGGCCCAUCCCCCAGAUGUCUGCAGCCCACCAGCUCCAGGCCAUGCACGCCCAGUCAGCAGAGUUGCAGAGGCUGGCCAUGGAGCAGCAGUGGCUACACGGACACCACCACCUACAACACGGGGGGCCUCUGCCCGGACAGGAGGAUUACUACAGCCGUCUGAAGAAAGAAGGUGACAAGCCAUCGUGAGACACCUGACGAUGUGAGUCACCAUGGAAAUGCAUAAAGAGAUAAUGCUGUGUACUUUUGAAAUACAUUAUGUGACAACUGAUCUUUUUUUAUUAGUUUAAAUGUAAUCGAGAGUUAAGAAUCUUUGUGGCUCAUAAUACUUGUUUCUUGCUCAGCACUUAAAGGGAUAGUUUACUCCCAAAUCAUCGAAAGUUUGUGAGAGUAUUUCAUAUCUCAAUAAUGGUCUGUUAUAAAGAUUAGCAUAGUUUCUGUUCAAUGCCAUUUUUUGUCUAUAGAUGUUACACAUUUUUCCACUUAAUAUGGAUUUCAUAGCUUUUAGAUUUCUCCUAAUGCAAUAUAGCGGGCAGGAUCUACACAAUAGAUGGUGUGGAAUAUAGCUCACCUUUGAAGUUAUGAAAACAUCUGACAAACGUUGAUUAGGGGGUGACUAUCCUUUUACUUUCUAAACAGUCUGACUGAUCUCCUUGUACAGAAUGACAUUUAAUGUUUGGAUGAUUGACUGUAAUAACCUUGCAUGACUGUUUCCCUUCGAUUUUCAUCAGAACUUAGAGUAGCGUUGCUAAAGUGUGAUUAGACAUCAAAAAAAGCAUAGUAGAUACAUUUUAUUCUAUAUCUGCAAAAUAUUUGUCUAAACCCUAAAGUUUUAUAUAUUUCAAGAUGUUUUCACAAUUUAACCUGACACAUACAGUAACAUUUUUUAGAUUGUAAAUAAUACAUGUUCAAUAUUCUAUAUUAUUAACUAUGAUUAUUAUGAAUAUUAGUGAAUUCUUGACUUGCAAGCUGGCACAAUAAAGUUAAAUUAUUUAGCUAUACACACACAGAAUAUAUAGCGUUAUAAAGUAAAGUGAGUUAACACAGACAAUUAUAAAUUGGAGUAUCACUAUUGUCACCCCUGACAUAAAACGCUGUUUAGAACAGUGGAUCCAGAUAGUAAUAUUGUUUUGGUUAGACAAAACAGAAAAAGCAUUUAAACCUUGGCAUCUCUACCAUGGACAAACCCUGUUUGAAUAUUUAUGUGAAAUAAUAUGGAAAACAAAGUGUAAGCAUUGCAUAUUUAUUUGAAUAAAUAACUCUGCAAUAACAUGAUA